AGCAGAAUGAGAUACUGAAGUAGUGGGUGUAUGUACUGUACUGCACCAGUAUUGCACGAGACAGUCUGCCCUGGAGUGGGUGCGCAUUAUCAUACUGCCGUGAUUAUUCAGAAACUCUCACCCGUGGAUGAUGAAUGGACCACGCGACACUACCACCACAACUCAAAACUCAUCACCUGGACACUUCCCUUUGUUCCCUCUCGCUACCAAGCCUCACUCAUAUCCGCACGACUACCUGUUCCUUCUUUCAAGAGUCAGCUGCAUGUGUAGCACACAUCGUCGCAUCUCUUUCGCCUCGCAACUUCUGGUCGCCAACUACCGCCAUUCUUACCGUCCGCUUGCUUUCACGCCCUCCGCUGCAACGACGAGAAUCACGAUUACCACCAACUUUCACCACUCGCCACAUGCAACAUUUCAGCUAGUCUACGGCAAAGACUGAAGCAUGCAGCCGGAACGUGGUGGCCCUGUGCCGGUACCAACGACGAAUGGCUCACGAUCCUACUCGAACAGCGCUGCGCAAGAUGUGACGCUUCACCCGCGAAUGGCGCAAAGUCCGCCGAAGAACAAGAAUACACAACACGUCCCGUGCAAGUUCUGGUUGCAAGGACAAUGUCAGGCAGGUCGGGCCUGUCCAUUUUCACAUGAUGUCGAGUCAACGACAAGGCCGAUGCCCUGCAAAUAUUUCACAAAAGGUGGAUGCAAGUUUGGUCGGAAAUGCGCUCUCUUACAUAUCACGCCAGAUGGUAACAUCGUCAAUCGCAUGCCAGCAUAUCCUCCAGCUCCACCACAGCAAUACAUUGGCCCAGGUCCCAUUUCGCCAAAUGGCUACGCUCCACCACCAGGUCUUCUUUCACUCCAGACACAAGGUCUCGAGCAGCGUCCAAAUGGCGAGAUCGGCUCAGAUAACGAUGCAUACCUUUCAGCUCAGCGAAUGGGUUCGGACAUGCCACACUUCGAUUUGUCAUACUCACCAGCUUCGCCAAAGUACGGCUCACCUUCUCAACUUGAAAGUAUGGCGACCUCGCCAAUACAUCGCAAAGGCCUUUCCGUUCUGGACGCGCCGUUACCAAACUCAUUCGAUAGCAAUGGUAUAUCCUGGGCUGCGCGGUACGGACCAGUGGCGGCAUCGGUGCCAUCCAAGUUCGGACUUGAUUCGGCACCGUCAUCCCUCCCGAGGACACAAUUGAGUAGUAUCGCGCUUCGCGAUCUCCACACCUCGGCUUAUGGUGGUGGUCGAGGCAUGGACAACGUCCUGGCAAACAUGAGUUCAUCCCCUCCACAUGGGAUUGAAGAGCCGAUCACCUUCGAAAAGCGAUCACUUCAUGCUGAACGCUUACGUGCGUCGCGUCUCCAUCUGGUUUCCACUUCUCUCAGCAACAAUCUUCACAACAAUAUUCAUUUGCGGCAACGGUCACAACUCAUUGACCAGUCCGAUACCGAUGAUGAGGACGGCGAUAUCGAGGUCGAGGAAGGUCUACUCCCUUCGAGUCUCCACGAUCUCAUUCCCGACGUUCGCACACGCCGGAACUCGCGGAAUCGUCUGAACGAUGACAGCAACGGCGUUUUUAGCAACAAUUAUAAUAGCAGUCCACAAGCAUUCCUGUCAACAUCCCGUCGUACAACCUCUGCGACAUACCUGGGACCUUCAUUAUCCAAUCAGCCACAGGACAGCAAGAUCGGUAGCCCUCAUCACAACUCUCAGCUCUCUUCAAGCCCUUCGCGGUAUACCAAUGUAUUCCAACAGCAUCAGCAGCAACAACCACAACAACGCAAUGGCACUAACGUAUUUGGCCAUGUCGGUUCGCCACGUCGCGGUGCCAACUCAUCGUUGUCUUUCACUGCUGCUGGUAUUGUCACCAAUGGUCGUCAUACUGGUGACCAGUCACCUUUGACUGCACCUGGCAAUUCGGCUCUAAGCAGUCCCACUCGUCCAUCGGCGAUAAGUAUGCUUACACGAGAACUGCAACAUACCAAGUUGAGUGCUGGUGCUGUCACCCCACAAAAGCAGCGUGUUGGUAUCCUCGAUCGAUCCCCAAGCAGCGAGAGCAAGAACGGCGGAGGUUCUAGCAAUGGUAUAGCAACAGAUCAAUCCGUUCAUGAGGGCUCCAUAAAUGCCACUGGUCCACAACGUAGCGACGAGGAACUCGAAUUUUUCGACAUGGAGGGUGUAGAUGAAAGCCAAUCUCCCAAGCUCUCAUCUUCUGCGACACAUUCCUCCACUGCAAAGGGCACCAACGGUUCUCAAAGCAGCACGAACAGGUCCCCAAGUACCACAAAUCCUUGGACAAACGGCAGCUUUGCGGCUCGUUCUCCCCCUUCUUCCUCUCCUUUCAUGUCCGCGUCGCAAGGUCAUAGCGGAUCGGGAAGCUUAAGUAAACAUAUGGUACAUUCGUCAUUUGUGGCAUCUACCUCACCGCGUAAUGGGAGUGAGCCUAGCUUUGGUCCUAUUGGCGGUCAGCGAAGCGCGGCAUCGUAAAGAGGUAUUAUUCCGCGUUUUUGAACACAUGCAUUGGGAUGCACAGAGCAGGGAGCUAUAUUCCACAGAGUUUCCACCAGCUUAGGUAACCCUGGGAUGAUCGGGGGAUUGAGUUCAGAUCGAUUUUCGUCUCUGAAAUUAGCAAAAUGUUUUUGGGGAUCUACGACGAUGGCGCGCCGCAGGAGACAAAAUGGAUUGGUCGGCGUUACAUACGAAUGGCCUAUUUUUUAGCAUGUUUGGGCUAGAUAGAGAUGAAUUGGUGUAAACACGCGAGUUUGGGACGUGGUUCACGAUAGUGCGAAAAUAAUUGCAAAUUUAUGGCAAUCGUGAUUGUAUCCCAGUCGAGUGACAGGGUUUUAU